GAGGAGUCAGUCGCUUUGUGUACGGAUAGAACCUAAUCAUAGUUAUAUUUCGAGAAUUUUCUUCUGCCAUUAUUCAUAACAUAUACAUCGAAAUUGUUUCAAGAUAUGGCGUCGACGAGAGUAUUAGGUCUCAUUCUCCAGAAAAGUCAUUUGAUCGCGCGAAAUGUAUCAUUUCGCCGUAAUAUUCCUCACAAUUUCAAAUAUAAUGCUUGUUUUCACAUAUGGGCACCCAAGAAUAUGAAUAUAAAAGAGAAUGAGAAAAUGACAAAUCAUAAAACUAAGGGAACUGAAGAAACUAAGAAAGAUAAGGGAAUAAAGAUAAAUAAUCUACGUAAUCAGAGAAAAAGAUUAGUCGAUGCUAUAAGUAUAACACUGAUAAUCAGCAGUAUAACAUUUUCAAUUGUAAAAUUAAUGAAAGCAAUCAAAUCUGAAGAUAAGAUUCGCCCAUUUUACUUGAGAACUCUGAUACAUUGCAGGAAGAAUCCCACAAUCGUAGAUAUCCUCGGAGAACCUAUCAAUAUAGUUAAGCAGAAAAAUCGUGUUGAACACUAUCAUAGCUUUUACAGAUUAGGAGAUGAAACUUUGGAAAAAUUUGCUUUUGACAUAGUAGGACCAAAAGGAAAAGGACUGGUAGAAGCAGAAAUAAAGAAAUUUGGUCAAGGCAAAUAUGAGUAUCAAACAUUGUCUGUUAUGAUAGAUACUUUAGGAACAUUUAAAAUCGAGCCCAAACCCGAAGAUUUAGAAAGCUUGGAAAUCUCACAAUUUAAUUCUUAUUUCUCCAAUAUGUGUUUCCUUAAUUAGUAAUUAUAAGAUAUCAUUAUUGUAUAUUAUUACUUAUCGUUAUAUGUACUUUUUAU